GAAUAUGAUUUAGCUCUUUUUCUUCACUGUUAAGUUUUCUCUAGAUAUUUUAGAAGCAAAAGUAAUAAACCUUAUACAAGAGUAAGAGUAAGGGGAUAAUCCAGAGUCUCGAACAAGAGAACAGAAGACAACCAAAAGAAAAGAACAGAGGUCAACAGUGGACUGCAAAAAAGAAACCUUGACAUGAAGCAGAGUUGGGUUGAGCAGCAAGAGGCGCUUCUACCUCCCCUUGUGGAGUCGAAGCUCCUGGAAAUCUGUGAGAAACAAAACCAACCUCGGCCGGAAGCUGACGUCAUCCGGCAGCUCGCGGCCCAGGGUGAGGAGUCAGCAAUGAAGAUCCUGACGAUAAUCUCCAAGAGCGAAAUCAGAAGCCUCGGCGGUUUUAUCAUCCACAUGAUCAAGAAGCACGGUAGCUCUUCUUCUUCUUCUCCGUCGCCGUCCAAAACGGUGCGUUCUGCUCAUGUUCAGAGCCCAGGUGGCAGUUCAGAGACUCGUCGGAGGCUUCACUUCGGCCAUCCAGAGCAACCUGGAAGCUGUAAUGGGAGCUCUGUUGCUUAUGUACAAGAGGGGUUUCGAGGUGAGGCACUCGGUGACAGGUUAAAUGUUGUUGGACGCUUACCCCACUGCAAUGGUUCUCCUUCGGAAGCCGCCGGGAGUUAUUCUUAUCAAAGAUUAUAUACUCAUGGACAAGUGGAUGAGAGGUCCCAAGGCGAAGCAUUUAGUCAUCUGUCACCUGUUAUUGAACAAUCCCCAUAUUCCUGUGGUUCUCAACUGAAAGCUGUAGGCACUUCUUCUCAAAUACUGUCUGCCCCUGUCCAACUUAGUGACAAGAUUCAAGUUGCCUCUGGUGUAGGUGAGGAACCUACUGCUCUAGAGCAACCCGGUGGAGGAUCACCGUAUUAUUGCUCUGGCUCUCCGUUCAAAGUGGCACGUACUUGUUCAAGCCCUUCUACUUCUGUUGCUCGUGUACAACUUGAGAAGAGGUUUCAAGCUAUCUUACCCAAAACUACCGUUCCCUCUAGUCCUACCAUCAACAUGGCUGACGACCAAAUACUUGAGAGUCACAUUUCGAAAAGAGACAUAGCUUCCCGAACUGUCGUGGAUCCAGUGACCAAGGAGUCCAGCCUAGAGACCAUCGCCCAACAUCUCACCAUUGCUGAGGGUGAUUAUGGCACCGCUCCUCAACCUGUCUCUACCGAAGCUCCGGCCUCCUCUGCAGGCACUGAGGUGACUGAGGUUGUUCACUGGGGGGAGAAAAGAAAGCGCCGGAGGGAUAAGGGCCACGAGGAAACUGUUGCUUCUGUCAACACUGGUGUGACUUUCACCGGUCAUACCGUUGGUGAGCAUGUUUCUAAGAAGACCAAAACAUCGGAGAAAGCCCCUGUCACCGUUGCCUCCACCACACCGUCCCUGGCUCUGCUUUCCCCAAAGGUGCCGGUUACCUCCCGGGUUCCAAUAAAGGAGCUUCUUACUGAGUACGGCUGCGCGGAUGAAAAAUUCGUCCGGAAUAUGUUAGGGGAGCUGAAAGGGAUUGAGCUGGACCGGAUCCAAGCUCUGCAAGCUACGCCCUGGGAGAACAGGCUAAAGGCCCGAGAGCACAUGAUGAGGGCCUUAUACAAUGUCUUCCUGGUUGAUGACACGGAGGAAGAGACCGGUCUAAAGGAGCAAGUUGCUGAACUCUCCAGCCAUAAAUCAUUCUUGGAAAUGGAGAAGAACAAGUUGAAGACCGAGAAGGAACAGCUGGAGAAACAAGUGGCCAGUCUGAAGGAAAAACUGGCUGCAGGACCCUCCAACCCGGUCGGUGAGCACCAGGAGGGUGAUGAGGAGGAAGAAGAAGAGCGUGAGGACAGGUCCAGCUGGGGCAUAUUGACUGCUUCCUUUCUUUUCUUUUCUUCUAUAAUAUUUUUGAACAAUGGCUGAAUGCCUAUUUUGUUAAUAUAUACUGGGCAGUAUACCGUUGCAUAGCUCAUAUCUGGUUUUUCAUAGUCUUUUUUAUAUACUUUACCUAGGUCAUGAGAAAAACAAAGUGUUUAUCAUUAUUCUCAUUAUCAAUUGAUGAUCCCAUAUUUGUUUUUA